CAUCAGGGGAGACGAGAGAUCCGGACUCUCACUAAAGUCUCCAUCAGGUUUUGCUUUCAGUUUGUGAGCAAAAACGCGCAGCGAAGCUAAGUGUUGUUUGUCUUGUGUCUGUGUUCGUUAAAGUUUAAAAUGGGACAAACUGUCGCGACCCCUCUUAACCUUACUUUACAGAACUGGAAAGAUGUGCAGACAUCAGCUCACAAUCUUUCAGUAGAAGUCAAAAAAAGAAAAUGGAUAACUUUUUGUUCAUCCGAAUGGCCCACUUUCAACUGUGAUUGGCCACGAGAAGGAACCUUUAACCUAACCAUUGCCUUACAGGUGAAGGCCAAAGUCAUGGAUCCGGGACCACACGGACACCCAGACCAGGUCCCCUAUAUUGUCACUUGGGAGGCUCUUAUUUCUGAUCCUCCCCCUUGGAUAAGACCCUUCCUACCCGCCCCGACGCCCCAACUCCCUACCCCCUUAACCCUUCCAUCUGCACCUCAACUCCCGUCCCCACUCCUUCCUUCCUUGACUCCCCAACCCCAACUCCCUCCUCCUCUCCUCCCCUCUCCAGCUCCUCAACCUCCCUCGCAUUCCUCACUUUACCCAGCCCUUGUUCCCCUAGAAAGUGAAAAACAGGUGCCUCCAGAGAAAAACAGGUCCACCACCCCAAAGGUUCUGCCACCAGGGGAGGAUACUCUCUUGGAUUUACUGACUGAAGAGCCGCCUCCCUACCAGGGGCACGCUCAGCAACCUCAGGAAGCAGUUGCUGCCGCUCCUCCACCGCCUGCCGACCCCGCGCCUUCCCCGGUGGCCGGUCGACUCCGCGGACGCCGGGAGCAGGCCCCGGACUCUACCACCACCUCUCAGGCGCUCCCCUUGCGUACAGGAACGGGCGGCCAACUACAAUAUUGGCCUUUUUCAGCCUCUGACUUGUAUAAUUGGAAAACUAAACCCCCCUUUAGUAAGGACCCCACAAAGCUAACUUCUUUAAUUGAAUCUAUCUUAGUGACUCAUCAACCAACUUGGGACGAUUGCCAGCAACUAUUGCAGGUGCUGUUGACUACCGAGGAAAAACAGCGUGUUUUCCUCGAAGCUAGGAAGAACGUCCCUGGGGACCACGGGCGUCCCACUCAACUGCCCAAUGAGAUAGACGCUGCUUUUCCCUUGGAACGGCCCAAUUGGGACUUCAAUACGGAUGCAGGUAGGAACCACCUACGCCUUUACCGCCAGUUGCUAAUAGUGGGUCUCCAAGGGGCCGCCCGGCGGCCCACCAAUUUGGCGCAGGUAAAGCAAGUAGUUCAGAAGGUAGAGGAGUCGCCUUCAGCUUUCCUUGAACGUCUUAAGGAGGCAUAUCGUAUUUACACUCCUUAUGACCCGGAGGAUCCAGGGCAGGCUACGAAUGUUGCUAUGUCCUUUAUUUGGCAAUCGGCUCCUGAUAUCAGAAGAAACUAGAGAGGAAAGAAACUAGAGAGGCAGGAGGAUCUUCAGACAUUAUCCCUCCAGGACUUGCUCAAGGAAGCCGAACGCAUUUAUAAUAAAAGAGAGACUCCAGAAGAAAGGGAGGAAAGGCUGAGGAAAGAAGCUGAAGAGAGAGAAAGUGCACGUGAUCGUAAAAGAACAAAGGAAAUGAGUAAGUUAUUGGCCACCAUAGUAUCAGGACAGCAGCAGGAGCAGGGAAGACAGAAGGGAGACAACAAACCAGGCACCCAAUUGGAAAAGGACCAGUGUGCAUACUGUAAAGAAAAGGGACACUGGGUGAGGGACUGUCCAAAAAGACUCAGGGGACCUCGGAGACCUAGGCCCCAGACAACCUUGCUAACCUUAGACGAUAGGGGGGUCCAGGCCAGGAGCCCCCCCCCUGAGCCUAGGAUAACUCUGGAAGUUGGGGGGCAACCCGUCACCUUCCUGGUGGAUACGGGGGCCCAACACUCGGUAUUAACCACGGCCCCCGGACCCCUGAGUGACCGAUCAGCCUGGGUACAAGGAGCCACUGGAGGGAAGCGGUAUCGGUGGACCAAUCGAAGAGUGCAACUGGCCACCGGCAAGGUAACGCAUUCCUUCUUGCAUGUUCCCGACUGCCCUUACCCUCUACUGGGAAGAGACUUGCUAACCAAAUUAAAGGCACAAAUUCAUUUUGAGGAGACAGGGGCACGCAUUACUGGGCCCAAGGGACAGCCAUUACAUGUACUGACCCUCGGAAUAGAGGAUGAGUACAGGUUGUAUGAACAAGAACAGAACAAAGAGGACCCCCAUAUACGGCCUUGGGUGCAAAAGUUCCCGCAAGCGUGGGCUGAGACGGGAGGCAUAGGCUUAGCCGUCCACCAGGCUCCUUUAGUUAUCCAACUAAAGGCCGCUGCCUCUCCUGUGUCUAUAAAACAAUACCCGCUGUCCCAGGAGGCCCGUCGGGGAAUUCGCCCUCAUAUAAAGAGACUGUUAGAUCAAGGAAUACUAGCCCCCUGUCAGUCUCCCUGGAAUACUCCGCUCCUCCCAGUCAAAAAGCCAGGAACUCAGGACUAUAGGCCGGUACAGGACUUAAGAGAAGUUAAUAAACGGGUUGAGGACAUUCAUCCAACGGUCCCUAAUCCAUACAACCUACUGAGCAGUCUGCCCCCCACUCACAUCUGGUAUACUGUUCUGGACUUAAAGGACGCGUUUUUUUGCUUACGAAUCCAACCCAGUAGCCAGCCUAUUUUUGCCUUCGAAUGGAAGGAUCCUGAGCUGGGAGUGUCGGGACAAUUGACUUGGACUAGACUGCCCCAGGGGUUCAAGAACAGCCCCACACUGUUUGAUGAGGCGUUACAUCGGGACUUAGCCGACUUUAGAAUCCAGCACCCCACGUUAAUAUUGCUCCAGUACGUAGAUGAUCUCCUACUGGCAGCCCAGACACAGGAGGACUGCAAAUCAGGGACGGAAGACCUAUUGCAGGCCCUGGGUGCCAUAGGAUACAGGGCCUCCGCCAAAAAGGCGCAAAUUUGUCAAAAGCAGGUCACAUAUCUAGGAUAUCAGAUCAAGGACGGGCAGAGGUGGCUGACAGAGUCUCGCAAACGGGCAAUUAUGGAUAUUGCCCCACCCCAGAGUCCACGACAGUUGCGGGAGUUUCUGGGAACAGCUGGAUUCUGCCGACUGUGGAUCCCCGGCUUCGCGGAAAUAGCGGCCCCUCUGUACCCGUUAACAAAACCAGGGACGCUGUUUGUCUGGGAAGAGGUCCAACAAAAAGCCUUCCAAAGCAUUAAGGAGGCUCUCUUACACUCCCCGGCUCUGGGGUUGCCAGAUCCAGCCAAACCGUUUGAGCUAUUUGUAGAUGAAAAACAAGGAUAUGCAAAAGGGGUCCUGACCCAGAAGCUGGGGCCUUGGAGACGUCCUGUGGCCUAUCUCUCCAAAAAGCUGGAUCCGGUUGCUUCCGGAUGGCCCCCGUGCCUGCGGAUGGUCGCGGCGAUUGCAGUCCUGGUAAAAGACUCGGGUAAGCUUACCCUAGGCCAGCCACUUGUCAUCCUGGCCCCACAUGCCGUGGAGGCCUUGGUCAAACAACCACCAGACCGAUGGCUCUCUAACGCCCGCAUGACACACUACCAAGCCAUGCUCCUAGAAAAGACAGAAUACAGGCCCGUUGUAACUUUAAAUCCAGCCACUCUACUCCCACAACCGGGGGAGGCGGAGCCCCAUGACUGCCUGCAGAUCCUGGCCGAAGUGCACGGAACCCGACCUGACUUGACUGACCAGCCCCUCCGAGACGCAGACUUCACUUGGUAUACAGACGGGAGCAGCUUCUUAGACAAUGGGGAGCGGAAGGCCGGAGCCGCCGUCACCACCGAGACUGACGUAAUAUGGGCUAAGGGACUUCCGCCUGGGACAUCGGCACAGCGUGCUGAGCUGGUUGCCCUGACUCAUGCCCUCAAAAUGGCAAAAGGCAAGAAACUUAACGUCUACACGGAUAGUCGCUAUGCCUUUGCUACAGCUCAUGUGCAUGGCGAAAUCUACCGCCGACGGGGCUUGCUGACUUCAGAGGGCAAAGAAAUCAAGAACAAACCUGAAAUCCUGGCCCUGCUCGAGGCCUUGUUCUUGCCCCAAAAACUGAGCAUUAUGCACUGCCCAGGGCACCAAAAAGGACAGACCCCGGAGGCAAGGGGAAAUCGGCUGGCUGAUGAGGCCGCCAAAAAGGCAGCGUUAACAGGGACUUCAAAAACUUCAGUCCUCCCAGUAAUAUCUGAGCCUCAGGCAAAGAGACUCGAUCCACUCCCCUACAGUCCAGAGGACAUGGACGAUCUAAAUAAAAUGGGGGCCACCUUUGACCCCGAGAAAAAGAUCUGGACGUAUGACGGGAAAAUAGUUUGGCCCAGGAAGUGGACUUAUCAGAUGAUAGACCGCCUUCAUAAGCUAACCCAUCUCAGCAACCGAAAAAUGAAGACUCUCCUUGACCGCGAAGAAGGACUGACGUAUCUCUUGGGAAAAGAGGACAGCCUACAAUCAGUGACAGAUCAGUGCACAAUAUGCGCACGCGUCAACGCCGGAAAGACCAAAGUAGGCCCAGGAGUGCGAGUACGCGGCCAGCGGCCAGGGACCCACUGGGAGAUCGACUUCACAGAAAUAAAACCCGGCCAGUAUGGGUACAGGUAUCUCCUAGUAUUUGUGGACACAUUUUCAGGAUGGGUAGAGGCCUUCCCUACCAAGCAAGAAACCUCCAGAGUGGUGACAAAGAAACUGUUGGAAGAAAUUUUUCCUCGGUAUGGUAUGCCACAGGUGUUGGGGACUGAUAAUGGGCCCACGUUCGUCUCCCAGGUAAGUCAGCUGGUGGCCAAACUGUUGGGGAUUGAUUGGAAAUUGCACUGUGCUUACAGACCCCAGAGCUCAGGGCAGGUAGAAAGAAUGAAUAGAACGAUUAAGGAGACUUUAACCAAAUUAACACUUGCAACUGGCUCAAAGGACUGGGUGUUCCUCCUGCCCCUUGCCCUUUACCGCGCUCGCAAUACCCCUGGCCCCCAUGGCCUCACCCCUUUUGAAAUCUUGUAUGGAGCUCCCCCGCCGGCUAUCAAUUUUCUUGACCCUCAUAUAUCUGAUUAUGCUAAUAGCCCUUCUUUACAAGCUCACUUGCAGGCACUUCAGAUUGUCCAGCGUGAAGUCUGGAAGCCUCUUGCGGCAGUCUACCGGGACCAACAGAACGACCCUGUCGUGCCUCAUCGUUUCCAGAUAGGAGAUUCUGUGUGGGUCCGCCGCCAUCAGACCAAAAACUUGGAACCACGGUGGAAAGGACCAUACAUCGUCCUCCUCACCACUCCUACAGCCGUGAAAGUGGACGGAAUCGCCGCCUGGAUCCACGCAUCCCACGUCAAGGCCGCCCGGACCCCGGAAGGGACCUCAACAAACCCGGACUGGAAAGUGCAGCGUACUCAAAAUCCUUUAAAGAUAAGACUUACGCGAAUAUGAUUUCCUUUGCUUACUUGCUAUUCCUAUCCCUAUUGAGUUUUGCUUUUCCCAAUCCCCACCAGCCCGUGCGACAGACCUGGCAGAUUCUGUCCGGCACAGCGGAUGUAGUUUGGCAGAUCAGCUCUGACCGCCAUCUGUGGGGAGCUUGGUGGCCAGAUCUGACCCCAGACGUUUGCCAACUAGUAGCCGGAUUGCCCCGCCCCUGGGACCUGCCCGGUUUCACCUUUGAUAAACUCCCGGUAAAAGACUGCUCGGGCAUCCCCAGUAUGGGGGGCUUUGAUGGAGGAUGCUGUUCCCCCGACAAAAGGACGAGUUUAGCCAAGGUUGAUUUUUAUGUUUGCCCUCGAGAAGGUAGAACCCAAGCAGCAUCUAACCAGUGUGGACAGGAGAGUGACUACUUUUGUGCCUCUUGGGGUUGUGAGACCACGGGAGACGCAUAUUGGAACCCAAGUUCCACAUGGGACCUGAUUAAUGUAAAAAAGGGACGGCCCUGGGGCACUUCAUGCUACUUCAGAAGUACGUGUCUGCCUUUAAAAAUAUCUUUCACAGACAGAGGAAGGGCCUUACUUCCUGCCCUAUGGAUGGCAGGCAGACAGUGGGGAAUUAGAUGGCAUACAUUUGGAUCUGGACCUUAUGGAGCAACAUUCCAAAUCAGACUACGCAGACAACCGAUAACCCCUAUCUUGCCAAUUGGGCCCAACCCAGUUUUGACAAAACCUAGGGUCCCUGCUGCUAAAAAUCCUCCACAAACCCCUUUGCGCGGUGGCCCAGUGUCUCCUCCUUUUCCGACCAAUUCCCCCUACCAACCCGCCUCAACGACGGUCUCGGCCUUAUCAGGGACAGAGGAAAGGCUUAUUGACCUUGUAAAGGGAGCAUAUACUGUUUUAAACUAUUCUGAUCCCAGUCGCACCGAGAGCUGUUGGCUUUGCCUGGCCUCCAACCCUCCCUACUAUGAGGGCAUUGCUGUAAAAGCUAAUUUUUCCAUUCACUCCAAUCCCCCUUCCAUCUGCAGCUCCCUGCCUACUCACCAGCUGACUCUUCCGGAAGUGUCCGAAAGCGGAACGUGUUUGGGUAAUGUUCCCACCUCCCACCAAGUCCUGUGCAAUAACAUUCAAACCGUACCCGCUGGAUCCCAUUAUUUGGUCCCCCAGACUGGACUCUAUUGGGCUUGCAAUACGGGCCUAACCCCCUGUGUAUCAGCAGCUAUUUUUAAUCAGAGUAAGGAUUAUUGUGUAUUAGUACAGAUCUGGCCUCGCAUUACUUACCAUCCUGACAGCUUUGUCCUCCAAUACUUUGACCGACCAACUCAUAGAGACAAACGGGAACUCGUGUCUAUUACAUUGGCUGUCCUUCUAGGUAUAGGAGGAAUAUCGGCUAGGAUUGCCACAGGAGCCACCGCUCUGACGAGAGUGGAUCACUAUUCGCUUCUCCAACAAGCCAUAAAUAACGACUUAAAGACCCUGGAAAAAUCCGUCCGUACACUAACGGACUCUGUAAACUCCUUAGCCGAAGUAGUCCUUCAAAAUCGAAGGGGACUGGACUUACUGUUUUUAAAGGAAGGGGGCUUAUGUGUAGCCUUACGGGAAGAAUGUUGUUUCUAUGUCAAUAAGACAGGAGUAAUAAUCAAGUCCCUAGAUAAACUUAAAGAAAGACUAAGCAAUAGACAGCGAGAAUUUGAGUCUCAACAAACUUGGUAUGAAGGGUUGUGGAACAAGUCUCCGUGGUUUACUACCCUAAUAUCCUCAUUAAUGGGACCAUUAAUACUCCUCAUGUUAAUCCUUACUGUGGGCCCCUGCAUCAUAAACCGCCUAAUACAAUUUGUAAAAGACCGACUAUCGGUCGUACAGGCCCUAGUGCUAACCCAACAAUAUCAUCAGCUUAAAUUAACGGAGGAAACGUCGGGUGAAUGAAGGAUUUCAUUCAGACAAAAGAAAAUGGGGGAAUGAAAGACCCCAGCCUGUGCUUGCCCAUUAGGUACCCCAAGGAAAAUUGCUGCCCCUUACCCUGCAUACCUAAGGGGGUGGUGGGGCAGGAUAAGCGCAGGCCGCUAACCAGGAAACGAAACCUCGAGCCUCUGAGUCACCGCCUGCAUGACCCUAGUACAUGCCUUAAAACCAGGCAUUCCGGUAAAAUAGCCGACCACCACAUUCCUUCCUGUAAAACUUAGCCUUAAUGCUAGGGUGAGGCAGGAUGUGAUAAAUCACUUGUCAAAACUAGGGAACAAACAGUUUCGGUGCAUAGCGACCAGCACAGGCAUGUCAGGGCAAGUACCGACACGUCAGCUUUCCCCCAACCCCACCUACCCCAUCUGGCCAGCCUAACCUGACCAAUCCUCACCC